CUUCCUUUCUGGCCUCCACCACCCCUCCCUGCAAGCUUUGGUACUCUCUGUCCUCUUUGGGAGCCUUAGGUGAAGUUAAGUAGCCAUCUCAGGGGCGGGGCUGGGCCAAGGCUGUUAGUAACUUACUAAGGGAGAUUACCUCGUCCAGCUCAGCCGGAGCCUUAGGUACUCACAGGCGCCCUGCCACCACCUCCCCUCCCUCCCCCUCCCUGUUCCUCAGCCGCUCCCCCGUGCCUCCUGCCUGGGGCACAAAGUGAACUCCUCUGUAGAGUGACUGUUGGGCCAGCCUGGGGGAGAGCCACUAGCUAUGAAGGGCCAGUUGGUGGGUCUUUGGACAGGGAGGACCCCUUCCCUGCGGCAGAUGCGGGGUGCCCUGCAAAGCUCGGCGGCGGGUGGAGGCGGGUCUGCGCCCAGCCUGCCGGGAAGCUCCAACCCCUGGAGAGGGAGGAGCUGCUGCCCUGGUGGGGCAGGUGGGGGGAGCCUGGGCCCAGGUGUGUCCGGGGCUCUGGGAAGUGAUUGCUCCCUGGCGGACGCAGGCAAAUUAAAGCAGUCUUGGCCCCAGGAUACCGCUCUGGGAAGCCGCGUUCGUCUCCCAAAGGAUCCGUCGGUUCUUCGGAGGAAGGCCAUGGAAGGGGAAGGGUUAAGAAACUUCAAGGAACUUCGAGCCAAAUUUCAAAAGUUUGAUGUGCCCUCUCUUCCAAGACCUAUAUUCCCAGCAAGAAUUUGUCAAAAGAGCGAUAUUGGAAACACACAGUCAACAGGUGUUUUGGCCAAUGAGAAACCCCUCUCCUCCAACCACAGUCAGCUCCCACUGUAUUGUUCUAGCGGUGAACCCCAGCCUCUUCAACCCCAGGAAACGAAGUCCUCCCAGAGGAGCAAGAUUCAGAGAUGUUCUGAUUCCUCAGAACCUCCAGAAGGGUCUACUGAUUCUGCAGUAAAGUCACAGAAGACGUCUCUGCUGUUAGACGUGAAUCAGUCAAAUGCUGACAUAACCCAUGAGAGGAAUGUCAUGGUGACUGACAGCUUCAAAGACAAGCUCUGGAAUUGGGAGAAGGUUUCAUCUCAGAAAAGUGGGAUGUCUUCAGCCUUUGUCCUUGCCAGUCGUGGAAGAAGGGCCUUCCAUCUGGAGGAGGAGAAAAGCAUAGGGCUUGCUCCACAGGAGCCCAGGGGGAAGCUAGAAACAGGAGGAGCCCAGACCCUUCCUUCCCAGAAGCACUUGAUGGCCCCCCAAAAUUCACUUGCCUCCUUUCAAGAUCCUACUUCUCUACUUUUUCAAUGUGGCAGGAAGAGCCUAGAAAGCCCCUAUCCUGAGAGGAGCCCCGUGGGGAACACCUGCCAGCCUGUCUAUGAGAGUGAACUUGCCAUCCAGGUCCCCGAGAAACAGCCAGAUGACAAGCAUCACCAACUUCUCAAAACAAAGCCACUGCCUUCCAUCAAGUCCCUGGGUCCUCCUCCCCCAAAGCCUCCAAAGCCCCCAGCCGUGAACCUCCAGGCCUUCCAGAGGCAGGCAGCUGUAAUUGCUAAGACCCACAUGGAAGCAGCUGUGGAAGAGGGCUGCCUGCCUCCAGAGAGUGCUGAAUUUGAAGAACCACAUAAUUAUGAGGCGACAAUUUCAUAUCUGAAACACUCUGGCAACUCCAUUAACCUGUGCACCGCAAAAGAAAUUGCUGAUUCAACUUACGAAGUCGAAAUUGAAGAACUGCGAAAGCCUUGGAAGAGUGGUCUCCGUGGAGAAUUUAGCCCUACACAUGAAGAUGAAGGUAAAAAAGAGAAGGAAAAGGAGCUGUGUGAAUUGGAACCUCGAAAACCAGAAAGGGAUCUACAUUCAAGCCGUCUUUUCGAGGGGGCUGCCUCUGGAGGGAUGCUGGGAAGAAACAAGGUGAUGAAGGUCCAAGGAGGCAGCAGGAGCCCGCUGCCCAGGAAACAGGACACUGGGAGAAUCAUGGCUGUCCAGACAAAGCCCCGCCCCCAUGACCCAAAGCUGGCCAGACACUCCUUAAGCCACGGUGGGUAUGUGGAGGCCUUGGAGGUCACUAAAGAAAUGCCAGGCCAGGGGGCCUGGAAGCCUCGCUCCAUCUCAGAGGAGACAUACGACGAUGUUGAGUGCCUCAGCAGAGGGAGAACAAGGUCGGAUUUCUCUAGCUCAUUUGCUUCAGAUGAUGUUCUUUUAAUUCCAGAAGAAAAUAGUGAAGAAGUGUAUGAAGAGGUCUACAAAACAAAAGGCAACUACCCAAAAAUAGACUUAGACGGAAAAGAAGCACUUAAAAGACUGCAGAAAUUCUUGAAGAAAGAAAAGAACAGAUUUAAAAUGAAGAAAAACAAGUUGAAAGAAAAUGUAAGUGCAUUUUCCAUUUCGCUGCCUGAUUUAGAACUUAGGUCUCAGGAAGUUAUUAUCUAUGAUAACAUCGAUAUAAAUGAAAAAGAAUCCAGAAAUGAAGAUAAACUAAAAACUUGGAAGCCCAAGUUUUUGAUGGCAAAGGAAAAGAAAGAGAAAAAAGGUGUUGAAGAAUCUGAAAGAAAUUUCUUUAGAAGCAAGAAGCAAAACUUAGAAAAGAUCAGAAUGGAAAAAGAAGAAAAACGUUUUAGAGAACAAUUUGAGUAUGAUAAAGAGAUUACUGUCAUCAACACAGCAGUGGCAUGUUCCAGGAAUUCAAGAAAUGGAAUGUUUGAUUUGCCAAUAACCCCUGGAGAAGAACUGCAAGUCAUUGACACCACUGAAGAAAAUCUAGUGAUUUGUCGCAAUUCUGAAGGCAAAUAUGGAUAUGUACUACUUGAACAUCUAGAUUUCAAGCAUCAAGGUUGGUCGCCUUAGGAAGAUGAAGCUCCAGGGGCAGGGGCUCCACUAGGAAGGACUAAUCUGAGACCUUAGUUCUGCCUCACCUGUUUCAGUUCACAGGUCAAUUGGGAUGGUGGGAUCUGUGGAACUGGAGAAGAGAAAAACAAAUCCUCCAUAUUUAGAUGUUGGUUUUACUCCUAAAUGGUUAUCUUUCAAUGUCUAUUUCAGUAUCUAUUUCACUGCUGGCUCAAGAGAAUGUGAAACUGUGUGCGUUAGCAUUUGAGCACUUAUUUAAUGAGCCAUAGCCAAAGUUAGAAAUCAUGCCUUAUGGCACCUAGGCAGUUGUGCAGAUGGUUAGUUUGCUUCUAAUAUUAGUAUACGAGUGUUUAUAAUUUCUAGAAGAUGUUGUGCAUUUAAAUUGCAUGUAAUUCUGAAAAAUAAAUAAUGUAACCAAGGUCUUUUAAAUACUCAGAUUUAAGGUAUAAUCUUGAAUGUAAUUAUGGCUCAGUCUUUAGAAAAAAAAAAAAUCAAGGUAAAAGUGUCCUUCUGCUUUAUCAGAAAACCACAAUCAGACAAAUGCUAUUCAAUAUUGGCUUCCUUUGGGAACAGAAUGCUAAAAAGCAAUUUAUUCCUAAAGAAAGAGCCUAAAUUAACACAAUUUUAUAUAGAUAUGCUGUCAGUUUAAAACAUCCUGUCAUCCAAGUAAGAAAAAUAAUUCUAUGCCUAAAUACCUAUUCAAAUAGAAUUAAUGUUAUUUACAGUUCCACUUUCUUUGUUUUUACGUGAUGUGCACUGCCUGUCCAUGAGAUAAAUUGUACAUAGGCAUACAGCUGUUUUAAGCGGGUUCUUCAGCCCUGAACAACAGAACAAUUCUGCUCAAUUGUUUAGACAGGCUGAGUCUAGUCUUCAAGGGUGUAAUGGAAUUUGUCUCAUGACCUAAUUCUUUAUACUGUGAAACUAUUUUUUUAAGCUUCUAGGUUCUUUUAUCUUCUUUCUCAUGUUCCAAAUGGCACUCACCAACAAAGGCCAAGCAUAAAAAGUAUCCAUUAGAGGAAAGGGGAAUGUGGCGGCAGGGCAGGAAUACUCUAGGCUUACCUCCUCCCAUGAAUGCAACUGGGUAACUAUCAAAUCAUCCUAAAUACCCCAGAAAUCAAUCUGAAGACUGGCAGAACAAACUCCCCAACUAAAGGUGGAGAAGAGGCCACAUCAAAGAAGGUGGGAA